AUGUCUCGCUAUACUCAAUUGUUGCUCAUCGCCUUUAUUGCUCUCUUCUUCGUCCAACUUAACGAAGCGCUGCCCGCGCCAGAAUCCUCCCUUGAAGCCCGAUGGGAACAACCUUAUUACUAUUGCUGUUACUACUACUACAAGAGUGACAAACGAGGUCUUGAACGGCGCUGGGAAAACAAAUGCGAAGAAUACCAACCGAGCAAGAGAAAUUUGGCUGAACGAAAUGACGAAUUGGAGAAGAGAUGGGGCAAGCCCGAUUACUACUGCUGUUAUUAUUACUAUGAUCAAAACUCUAAGAAACGUGACUUAGACGAACGCAACAACAACUUGGAAGCCCGCUGGAAUAAUAACUGCAAGGUCUACAAGAAUAAUAGUAAGAGAGACAAUGAGAAAAGAUGGGAUCAAUGUGAACCACAGAAACGUGGUCUAGAGAAGAGAUGGGACCCAUACUGUUGUUGUUAUGAAUAUUAA